AUGCGCGGCCGCACCUGGCUGGGCGCUGCGCUCGUCCUUGGGGCGCAGCUCCGAGCGCUGUGGCUGGCGGCAGCAGUGGAAGUUCACACCGCCAAGGAGGUGGUGGCCGUGAACGGGACCAACCAGCGGCUGAAAUGCACCUUUUCCAGCAGCAGCCCCGUGAGCCAGCAGCUGUCCGUGAGCUGGAACUUCCAACCCGAGGACCUGAGCUCUCAUGAGCUGGUAUUUUACUACCAGAAGGAGCCCUACAAGCCCCCCUCUGGGAGGUUUAAGGACCGAGUCACCUGGGAUGGGAACACUGAGCGUAACGAUGUUUCCAUCAUCAUCUGGAACCUGCAGCCCAGUGACAACGGGACCUUCACCUGCCAGGUGACAAACUGGCCAGAUGUGUAUGGCACCAUCGGGGAGGUGCGGCUCCGGGUCGUGCAGAAAGUGAAUUUCUCAGAAAUCCAUUUCCUGGCCGUGGCCAUCGGAUCUGCCUCUGUCCUGAUGAUCAUCGUGGUGGCAGCUGCGAUUAUCUGUCGACAGCGUCGCAGGAAGGCGCGAGACAAGAGGCUGGAGGUGGCAGACACUGAGCGCAAAGAAAAGGAGAGCCUGAAGAUGGGGGAAGAAAAGGAGCCCAUUCCAUUGGAAGAUUAA